GGUCCUUCAUUGGCGCGCGUAUUCCUUGGGCUGGGGGUUUGUUUUGAUUCGUUUGGUGUGUAGAUGGUAACACGUCUUAUUCGGAACAAAGGAGCUGUCAUUAAAAUCCCACGAGAUUCAUCUCUGAUUUUAUUGGAGAAGGCUUGAAAGUGACGUAGUUACUAAACGACAAUCAUUUCAGAGAAUUCCUUGGGAGAAAGUAAAAAUACAUUCAUUUUGGUGUAACCUCCUCUGCCUGUUGGAACACUUUCAAGUCUACCUCUCAUUCCAUCGAACUCUACACAUUUAUUACUAUGCGUUUAAUUGUUGUUGGAGAUUGUGUCAAACUGCAACACAGAACGCAUAUUCCACCCGCACCAAAUAAAAACAGUUCCAUUGAUCGAAAGGGAAUUAAAAGAGGUGCCUGUGAAGAAGAUGGCUGUACAGACUGUGAUUCUUACUAUCAUGAUCCACAGAAGGGUUCUCAGUGCCAAUAUUGUGGCUGUUUCCCAACUAAACAUAGAAAGAUUGAUGAACCAACUGACGAUCUUUCCUUAAUUGAGAAAGCUGUUCGAGAAAAGUCAUUUCCACCCCAGCGACCUGAAAUACAUAUCAUUGAUGAUGGCUCAAGCUCGAUGGUCUAUGAAGUUGAUGACGAUGGAACUAUUACUAUUCCUGAUGAUGAAGAUGAACCUGGUAACAUACUACAAAAUCAAACUGGGCAGCAAGACAGCUGUUCUCUUCCCAAUUUAUUGUCCACUAGGGAUAUGAAUAAGGUAGGCCUGCCUAUGCAGAGACUUUCUGGGAAUUUGAACAAAGAGAACACACCUCAAAAGCCGUCAAGUGCCACAUUUACAAGCUUAACUUCUCAUUUACCUCGGGAGGAGUUGUAUGAAUUUUGUGUGCCAACAAAUUUACCAAAUUUGCCUGCAAUUAGUAGCAAAGGUGAACGCAUAGAUCGAGGCAAUCACAUUUUUGUCCUAAGAUGGAUUUCUUGGUCUAUGUGCAAUUUUAAAUUAGCGACUGAAAAAGACUACACUGAAGUUGCCAAGCUAACUAUGAAAAAGUAUCCUGAACUCGUAUCAGCUAUACCAUCUGACAAAAAAGAUGUUGCUGCCAUGGUCCAGGUGUUGAAAGAUCUUCUCCAAAAACAUAGCAUUGAAAAACAAUCGAAUCAUCAAGGUACAAAUAAGAGGCCAAACGCUCCAGGGCCUAAACCAACUAAGCCUGUACCUAGAACCGAAUCCAUCAGGAUUUCCAACAAUUUCAGCACUGUCAAUGUUGUGAGCAGUGUCAGCUCUGUGAAGACCACCUCUUCCAAUCCUGCCAAGCCAUCAGCUACUAUUGCUGCAAAGCCUGCUCCUGCUCCUGCUGUGUUUGUAUCAUCCAAGCAGUUUGAAAACUGCAAGGCCCACAUUCAAAAGGAGAUGAGAAAGGUUGGUCCUUCCUUACCAAUGCUGCAAACCUUUCUGUCAUCAAUUCGGAAAGAUAGACUUAUUUUGGCUAAGGGUCAUAGCUACGCAACACACAUUGAAGAAUUCCCAUGCCUUGAAAUUCCAGAAAUUGUACUGUGGGAGUUCAUUCAGCAAGAGCAGCUUAAGUGUUCACUGGAAGAUUUCAAGAACAAUUGGGUCGAUGUUGUGCCUCAAAUGGUAGAAUACUUUUUAUGCGGUUCUAAUGAUCAGUAUACAUAUGACUCAAAGACUGUUGAUCUAGUUACUAUGGAAAUCUUGCAAACCAUCUCAACCCCAGUAUUUUUUGGACGGGAACAAGGCAUGGGGAGACCACCUGUGACGAGGAGUAGUCAUGUCCUUGAAGUUUUCCAGGAUAAUAUUCUGCCAUUGUUUGUUUUUCCUCAAAGAGGUGAUCCUCCACGACUGUUCUCACUUGGAGGUUCUGAUGAAGUUUAUGUUUAUGUAGACGGACAAUCAAUUUACAGUGGACCAAUUCUUGAUGCCUUAAUGUUUUUAGUAGCAGUUUACCACGUGUUCUCUAUUACUCCAGCACAUGAUGCUCAAGCUUCAUUUGCUUUUGUAUUUGGGAUCUUCAUGAAAGAAAAAGGAAUAGAUCAGUAUGUAAUGUACAAAUCUGCCCAUAAUGCACUUAAAGCUAUUUUAAAUCUUUGAAAGGUUUGAUUUUAUUUACUGACUACAAAAUUUACUGUGUUAACUCUUUUCAUGCGGGUGGGUCCAAAAACGUAAACAUUAACGUUAAACGUAAAGUAAAGACCCCUUGCAGGAAAUAAAGAACUGUAAUUUAUAUACAUGUUUUAAUUUAAUAUGCAGUUAUAAUUUUUUAAACUACUAUUAACAUAUCUGUUCAAUUGUUUUUAUUCUAAUAAGAUUUGUCUCUUCUGUUCUGAAACAGUUAUUAAAGUUCCAGAAUAUUA